AUGAGGGUUGCGGUCGCCAUAGAAACCCCAAUCUGUUUGCUAUAAAUUUCCCCAGUUUCUUUUUAUUACAAAGAAUAUUCUUAUUUCUUCUAAUUGACUUUAACGUCUUUAUGAAAUAUAUAAUGUAAAACGCUGUUUCAAGACCACUAGUUUACAUAUAUAUAGAUAUAUAUGUUUUUUUACAAGUCUCUGUUGAAUCUGUCGUUUUUAACCGUGUAGCUAAGCAAAUAGUCGUUGCUAGCGCAUCUAGCCCGUUAGCAUGUCGAGAUUAAAUAAUUUUACCUCCUAAAAUAAAUGCGUUUUUUUGUCCGGGGAAAACAUGCAUGAAAUGUACAUUGGGUUUAUGGGAAAAAAAAAUGUUAUGCGUGAUAUUUCGUGAUACACUGGCUCUCUGUUAGCCACACAGUCAGCUGCUCACCGUGUCCACGGACCGCCUCGGACAUAAACAUACGUGAAUUCUAGUGAUAUUUCUUCUUCUCCUUUGAACGAGGUUUGCAAAUAAGUGCAAUAUGGACACGAAUGUUCAGAAGAGGCGAGAAAACAAGAAGUCUUUACGGGUUAAGGUCAUUAGUUUGGGAAAUGCAGAAGUGGGGAAGAGCUGUAUUAUUAAACGGUACUGUGAGAAGCGGUUUGUGCCCAAGUAUCUAGCCACUAUUGGGAUAGAUUAUGGUGUAACCAAGGUUCAGGUUCGAGACAGGGAGAUAAAAGUAAACAUUUUUGAUAUGGCUGGACAUCCUUUCUUUUAUGAGGUCCGCAAUGAGUUUUAUAAGGACUCUCAGGGGGUGAUUCUGGUCUAUGAUGUUGGACUGAGGGAGAGUUUUGACGCUCUGGACAGCUGGCUCACAGAGAUGAAGCAGGAAAUGGGCUCACAGGCCAACAUGGAGAACAUCAUCUUCGUCGUGUGUGCCAACAAGGUCGACCUGACGAAAAGACGAGUUGUGGAUGAGAGUGAGGGCAAACUUUGGGCCGAAAGCAGAGGAUUUCACUACUUUGAAACUUCUGCUCAGAGUGGUGAAGGCAUCAAUGAAAUGUUUCAGUCCUUUUUCUCAUCCAUAACUGACAUGUGUGAAAAUGGAGGGAAGAGACCCACUCCAGAGGUCAAUGUAGGUUUUACUAAAGAGCAGGCCGACACAAUCAGACGCAUCCGUAGCAGCAAAGACAGCUGGGAUAUGCUGGGGGUUAAACCUGGGGCCACAAGGGAGGAAGUUAACAAGGCAUACAGGAAGUUGGCUGUACUGUUGCACCCGGACAAGUGUGUGGCCCCAGGCAGUGAGGAUGCCUUUAAAGCAGUGGUUAAUGCUCGCACAUCGCUACUCAAGAAUAUCAAUUGAUCAGCUUCACAUUGCCAUUAGUUGGAGUUGGAGAGUUGCCUCGCAUUUGCAGAGUUCCCUUCUCAGUGAGGAUUACGCUUUAGACACACGGAGAAGCCUCUGGACUCCAACAAAGACUUAGUAACAGCUGAGUUUGACAUACAGCUACGACACUGUUUAUACUAUGACACACAUCUGUCCUGUUUAUAAUGUAAAAUACAUGCUGAUGUUAAAAGUUGUAGUAGGGAAACAACAAUAAUGCUGUAAGAUUUCAGCCCAAAUCAUGUGCAUGUCACAUUAUCUUGGAGCGUGAGGAUGAAUUUGGUGGAUCCUUCUUUUCUCAGUAUGUCCUGUGACUGGUGUGCUUCUUUACUCCCAUAGAUGUACAGGUGAAAGACCACUUAUUUACCAACUGAUUUGUUAGCCGGACUUAGCAUUCUAAUGCUAUUGUUUAAUCCCGAUGCACCUCACAGGGACGCUAUGACCUACAUGAUUCCCAGUUCUUCACCUCAGUUCACUCCAAAGAGCAGAAAAAGCAUGAGCAGAAAAUAUAACGUGUCCAAUACAUUUACAGCAGUGCAAUAUAAUUUAUUUAAAAUGUAUUUAUUUAUUUACAAAAAUGUACUGUACAUUUUUGUUACAAAUAAAUGAGCAAAAUGUA